AUGAUGAUUAUCUCUCCGGCAAAGCUCCAUCGUGAAACCAUUGCGUCAUGGCCGGUAACCUUGCCUGAAGAACUCAUCGCGAAAGUAUUGUCUUUGCUCAAACCAAAAUCACUUAUGCGGUUCAGGUGUGUGACAAAGUCCUGGAAUUCCCUCAUCUCCGAUCCAUUCUUCGUCAAAAUGCACUUCAUCAAUUCUUCACGAAACCCAAACAUCAUUCUUUUCCCGGCAACAUUUGUGACCACUAAUAGAAUCGCCCUACACAAUCCUUCCAUACUACGUAGUUUGCUGGAGAAUCCCUCCAUCAAUCUCUUCCUAGAUGAUAAUAAAUACAAGUUGAUGAAAAGGAUCUUUCACAUUAUUGGUACCUGCAAUGGAUUGACCUGCUUGGUUAGUACUCGCGAGACUGAAUUCUAUCUAUGGAACUCAGCAACACGGUGGUUGUCUCAAAAACUAGCCUCUUUUCACCAUGAUUCAAAACCAAGGUUUAACUUCUCAUUUGGUUAUGAUAAUUUAACCCACAAAUAUAAGGUGGUGGCUUUCCGUCCCAAUAAGGUCGCAGUUCUCACUUUGGGUGAUAAUGUUUGGAGAAGUAUUCAAAGUUUUCCUAUGUAUCCUUAUAACUAUACAUGCAUCCAUGCAAAUGCUGGUGUCUAUUUGAAUAACAGUCUUAAUUGGUUUGCCCUUCGAGGUAUCCGCCGCUCUUAUUAUCAUUAUCGUUAUACAGAUCUUAGUGUUCAACAAUUUGUGAUUAUCUCUCUUGAUUUGGGAAUAGAGACCUACACACAAUUUCAGUUCCCCCAUGGUUUUGAUCAAGUGCCGGUUGCUGCACCAAUUGUUUGCGUGUUGAUGGAAUGUCUUUGUUUUUCUCACUAUUCCAUGGAGGGUAGUUUUGUUAUAUGGCAGAUGAAGGAGUUUGGAGUAGAAGAGUCUUGGACGAAAUUGCUUAAAUUUGAUUAUCAUAAUAUAUUUCAUACUGAUGACCAUAGAGUUGUUAGUUUGUUGCCAUUGCAUGUUUUUGAGAAUGGAGAUAUGCUCAUAUUGGCACGUAAUCUUAACCAACUAAUUUGCUAUAAUUGGAGAGAAAAUAGAGUAGUUAGGCAAGCUACAGUUACAGUUACAAAUAGCAUACGCUUACGCUGGUUUAAUGUGAACCAUUGCGUUGAAAGUUUGCUUUCAACGUAUUGA